AUGACUACGUCAGAUCUAGAUCAGCUCAUUGAGAUGGGCUUUGAGAGAGCUCGCGCUGAGUUAGCGGUCAAACAAAGCGGUGGGCUGCAAGGGGCUCUUGAAUGGCUCGAACAAAACCAGGACAAGUCGCUUGAAGAGAUUACGGCCGGGGUCGAAGCGCACGAAGAAGAAGGGCCAACCCUCAAACCCGGCGAAGAAGCCCAAAGCUUGAUUUGCAAUGAAUGCGGAAAGAAGUUCCGAAGCCACGCCCAAGCCGAGUUUCACGCCUCGAAAACUCAGCAUGUUGAUUUCUCGGAGUCGACAGAGGAGGUGGCGCCGUUAACGGAGGAGGAGAAGAAAGCCAGGCUCCAAGAGCUUAGGGAGAAGCUAGCAGCUAAGCGUGCUGGCCAAUCAGAACAGGACAAGGUUGACAAGAAGCGAAAUGAGGAGAUUCGAAGAAAAGCUACCAAGGAGUCCCAAGACGCCAAGGAGGAGCUCGAGAGAAAACAAAGGAUCAAGGAAGCUGCCAAGAAGAAGCAAGAAAAGCAGGAUGAUAUCGAAGCUAAACGCCGUGUUAAGGCCAGAAUCGAAGCGGAUAAGGAGGAGCGUCGACUAAGGGCUGAGCGUGAAAAGGCUGAACGGGCCGGGGUCGCGCCCCCUGCUCAACCAGCCGCUGGGCCAGCAGCUACAACGUCCGGGCCUGUCGCGUCCAAGCCAGCCUCUGCUUACACAGAGACUCGCCUCCGUUUCCAGACACCGAAGGGGAAUAUCAUGAAAACAUUGCCCGUCGAUAUCACACUGUUUGAGGUUGUCUCGGCGCUGAAGACAGAAGACGGAAUUGAGGUCAACGGCUUUCGCCAAAACUUCCCAAGGAAGGUGUUCAAUUCUGAGUUCUACGGCGAGUCACUGAAAGAUCUUGGACUCGUACCUAGCGCGAGUCUUGUCGUCGAAUAG